AUGAAGAGAUCUUUGUCUCAUUCUUCUAAUAACAGUAGCCGACUUGGUGGCUGUGACGACGAAGACGACUCGAACCGUCCUCACAAUCACAAGAAGCCAAGAACAGACCGGGUGAUAGAGGAAGACGAUGCUGAUUCUUCGGCCAAGACGAUCUCUUUAGGCGAAAAUGUUCCAGAAAGCGAGAAGUGGGUGGUGACUCGUUUUCUGGGAAAAGGCUCAUACGGCUCUGUUUACUUGGCAGUGAGCACGACCAAAGGACAAGAAGACUCUCUUCCUAGCGAGAUGGUAAUCAAAACGUGUGACUCCAAACAAGCAUCACGCCUUAAGAAGGAGGUAAAAUUCUUACUGCAUCUCAAAGAUAAUCCCUACAUUGUCUCCUACUAUUCUAGCGUGAUGACAAAAGACAAGAACACGGAGGAGAUGUUAUACAAUACGAUUCUUGAGUACUGUCCAGGACAAUGCCUCGCAAAGGCACUCGAAAUACACAGAGGAAGAGGGUUAAGAUUAAAGGAUGUGAAGCAAUUCGCUGCCCAAAUCUUGGUUGGUCUAAAGUAUAUCCAUGAGGAGGAGAUCAUUCACUGCGACAUUAAACCAAAGAACAUCUUCCUUGGGGCAGACUCUAGGGCUAAAAUCUCUGGUUUUGGGAAAGCGAUGAGUAAAGGGUCUGAUGAGUACGGUGAUGGUUGGGGUCAUAGGAGAGGCACAGCGCGGUAUAUGUCCCCGGAGGUUAUGGGAGACAUGGUCUUGGACUAUGGUGCUGAUGUUUGGGCUUUUGGUUGCACAGUUAUUGAGAUGUUGACUGCAGAACGUGUUUGGGGAGAGGAGGUCGAGCUUGAUUGGGAAGAUUGGGUCGCUCUCAUCGGUGAUAGUGAUGCAGUUCCUCUUGUCCCUGAUGAUUUGUCUAACGAAGCUAAGGAUUUUGUCUCCAAGUGCUUGCAGAGAGACCCUGCUCAAAGGUGGACAGUUGAUAGCUCAGACAUCCGUUUGUUCGUGGCGUUGAAGAAGAAGAAGAAGAAGAAGAAGAAGAAGAAGAAGAAGAAGAAGAAGAAGAAGAAGAAGAAGAAGAAGAAGAAGAAGAAGAAGAAGAAGAAGAAGAAGAAGAAGAAGAAGAAGAAGAAGAAGAAGAAGAAGAAGAAGAAGAAGAAGAAGAAGAAGAAGAAGAAGAAGAAGAAGAAGAAGAAGAAGAAGAAGAAGAAGAAGAAGAAGAAGAAGAAGAAGAAGAAGAAGAAGAAGAAGAAGAAGAAGAAGAAGAAGAAGAAGAAGAAGAAGAAGAAGAAGAAGAAGAAGAAGAAGAAGAAGAAGUUAAUUUGUUUUGAUUUGCGAUAA